AUGUCGGAAUACAUUCCUUUCGAAAUCCAAGUGGAUAUCAUCAAAAGACUUCCUUCGAAGUCACUGGUUCGAUUCAGAUCCGUUUCAAAAUCAUGGAAGUCUUUGAUCGAUAGCUCUGAGUUUAUUGCUGGUUACAGUGUCCGCCAAACUCAUCAACAGCGUCUACUUGUAUGGUACAAAGAUGCAGCAGACAGCAAGAAAAAAUAUGUUUCGUUUGUGGAUGACGAAACUUUUAGCCAACAAGAUCUCGCUCCAGCUGUUCCUGUGCUCUCUAAAUUUUUAGUCGAUUUAGAAAUGGUGGGUAGCUCUCAGGGAUUGUUGUGUUUGCGCGGUUAUUAUGAAGAUCCAGGUCAUCCUCGUUAUAAAUUUCCAACAGAAAUGGCUGUUCUUUUCAAUCCUUGUAUUAGGAAAUCAGUUUGUAUAACUAUGCCAAGUGAUUUGCUUUCGUUAGGAACUGUUCUUGGUUUUGGGGUUUGUCCUACCACUAAUGAACCUACGAUUGUGAAGAUUACAGAUGUUUGUAAUGAUUUUGGAACGGAAGUUAGGAUCAUUCUCUUCCGAAUUUUGGGAUUUACAAAGAAUGGUAAACUUAUAAUGGAAACACAAGAUGAUUAUUACAUAGAGGGAGCUAAUCUUGCUUUCUAUGAACCCAACUUAGAGCACAUCAAUGAUAUUGGGAUUAAUGGAAAAGAUGGUUCAUUAUUCGUUAGCUCUUACAAGGAAACACUACUUCUGCUUGAUAAUUAA